UGCUUUGUUUACUCACGUGACGGUCGGACUCCUUUCAACAUGGCGGCACCCAGUGAAAGUUCAGAGAGCGCGGUAAGAAGAAGACGUGUGGAUACAAUCCAGGCUGGAAGCGGCUUACCUGACAGCAAGGAGCCUCAUGAUGAGGACCGAGAGGAGACAAAGCACCGCGAGGCUUCGGGCUGCGCUCUGCAGACAGGAACCUACUGGUUAACCAGAAUAGUUCUACUGCGAGCCACUGCCUUCAUCUACUUCGUGGCGUUCGCCGUGGCCUACCAGCAGAACAGCCAGCUGAUCGGGGAGCGGGGGCUGAUGCCGUGCCAGGCCUACCUCCAGAGCGUCAAGACCUACGUUGGGGGGAAGAUCGGGCCGGCCGCGCUGGCCUACACGCCCUCCCUCCUCUGGUUCACGGACUGGACCGCCAUGGACAGCAACCUGGCCGCCAUCGCCCUGCUGGGGAUGCUGCUGUCCGGGUUGGUCCUGCUGAGUGGGACGGCCAACAUGUUGAUCAUGGGCACCCUGUGGGUGCUGUACCACUCCCUGGUCAGCGUGGGACAGCUCUGGUACUCCUUUGGCUGGGAGAGCCAGCUGCUGGAGACGGGCUUCCUGGCGAUCUUCCUGGUCCCCGUGUGGACCCUGUCCCGUGUUCCACGGCGCUGCCCCCCCUCGCUCAUCUCCAUCUGGACCUUCCGCUGGCUCAUCGUCCGCAUCAUGCUGGGAGCCGGUCUCAUCAAAAUCCGAGGUGACCAAUGCUGGCGGGACCUGACCUGCAUGGACUACCACUACGAGACGCAGCCCGUCCCCAACCCCCUGUCCUACUACCUGCACCGCUCCCCCUGGUGGUUCCACCGCUUCGAGGUCGUGUCCAACCACGUGGUCGAGCUGCUGCUGCCGCUCUGCACCUUCCUGGGCCGCCGCCUGCGCCUGCUCAACGGGGGCGCGCAGAUCCUCUUCCAGGUGAUGCUGAUCAUCAGCGGGAACCUGAGCUUCCUCAACUGGUUGACCAUCGUUCCCAGUCUGGCCUGCUUCGACGACGCCUCUCUGGGCUUCCUGUUCGGCUCGAAGGGCGGGGUCAGGAAGGCCGUGUUGGAGAUCCAGGCAGAGGGCCGGGAGGGGCGGACCCCCAAACCCACCCGAGGUAUGCUUGUGCGCCGCGUGGUGAACGUCUCUCUGGGCGUCCUGAUUGGCUACCUGAGCGUUCCCGUGGUGAUGAACCUGCUGAGCUCCAAGCAGGUGAUGAACACGUCCUUCGACCCGCUGCGCAUCGUCAACACCUACGGGGCCUUCGGCAGCAUCACCAAGGAGCGGACGGAGGUGAUCUUCCAGGGCACGCUGGGCCCGGACCCCAAGGACCCGGCGGCGGUCUGGGAGGAGUACCAGUUCGUGUGCAAGCCGGGGGACGUCCACCGCAGACCCUGCCUGGUCUCGCCCUACCACUACCGGCUCGACUGGCUCAUGUGGUUCGCUGCCUUCCAGACCUAUGAGCAGAGCGAGUGGGUGAUCCACAUCGCCGGCCGUCUGAUGGCCAACGACACCACGGUGCUCUCGCUGCUCGACCACAACCCCUUCCAGGGCCGGGAGAAUCCCAGGUGGGUGAGGGGGGAGCACUUCCGCUAUAAGUUCACUGCCCCGGGCUCUGCGAGCGCGGCGCAGGGUAAAUGGUGGCUCCGGAAGCGGAUCGGAGCCUACUUCCCCGCGGUCAACCUGGAGGGACUCCGGGGUUACUUCCAGUCCAGGAAGUGGCCCCACCCGCACGAUCCCACCAGGAGAGAGUGACGGAAGAAAAGACUACAAAUCAGGACUACAAAUCCCAGAGAUGAGUGAAGAAAGGGAGUGGCUCUUCCUUGGACCUGAGUCCACGAUGCAAGAGAUGUUUUAUUACCUGAUGAUCAGGGGGUUCAAAAUGAAUGCAUGACUAUCAAAGCUGUUACAGAAUCGUUGCUAGAAAUGUGGUGGACUACUGAGAAUGUCUGAAGUCCUUCAUAAAUGUAUUAUGUGUGUCUCUCGCUCGUGUCCACUUUCCGAAGAGAUUCCUGAGAGCAGAGUAGAAUGUGUUGUCUUCAAAGCACAGCUGUCUUAUGGAAAACCCUUUGAUACAAAACUCUUAAACAAAAGUCUAAUAAAGUUUUUACACUGACUUCCUGUCUGAAAACGGAUCUAUUGGAAAUGCUGUAUACAGGCAAUGGGUUAAGCCAUUGAUUCAGUGCUUGGCACUUGUUUCUAUGAACAUCCUUACUGCAUCGACAGAUAUAUUCUUAUUCCUCUUUCUAAUGAUAAAUGUACUUAUUGAAGGUCGCUUUGGAUAAAAGCGUCUUGCUAAACGCCCUAAAUAUAAGGCAAGGCACGAAAAGGCAACUUUAUUUAUAUAGC